UAUAUUACGCCACGUUCGCAACAAGUAGAGUCGCCGUUAUCUUCUUACAAGCAGUUAUGGAAACACUCUUGGCAUUCCUCAAUCAUUUUCCAUUGUUUGCGAUCAUGCUAAGGUUUAAAGAUCCAGAGAGAUUACCGGGUGGAUUGAGAUUCGAAAUCUGUAAUCCGAAUUACUUUGCGCCUCAGGGAAUUGCGAGGGUGGUUCAAGGAAUUAAAUCUUUUUGGCCUCGGUCGGAUAGAUAUGACGCGCCGGACACGAGAAUAAAUGCACAAAGAUUGAUCGAACCGCAAAAAACGACUCGAAUAAGGAAAAAUCGGAUGAUGACUGCAAUUAAGGAAAAUGCUGACUCGGGUGUUUUUUCCAUCGAUCCUACUUUUCACGCGAAACAAUCGUUUCCGCAAAGAGUGAGCUAUCUCUUUAUGCAGAAUUUACCGAUACCACUAUCCGCAAUAUUUUUUCAAUACCUACUCCUCUGGAAACAGUUGAGUUCACAUUAUUUUUCAUUCUACGUUUUACGUUGCCUUGUGAGCGGUGAAACCAUUAAACACAUAGCCAGGCUUCAAUAUCCAAU